AUGGAUUUAAUUGAAGAAGAAAGCUAUAGAGAUUAGACAGUUAAAUAGAAUCUGUCGAGCAUUAGUAAGGAAUUCGAAGAACUAAAAAUAGAACUUGGCAUUAAGAAGCCGAGCCAGGAUUCAAAAACUUUGUGGAAUGAUCCAACUUCUUUUUUUGAUGAAAAGCGAAAUCAAUUGUUGCAGUCAACUGGAUAUAAAAUACCAAGAGAAAAUUCAAGUAGUACCUAAAUUGGAGUCUGCGCAAUGUGGAAGCAGUAAAAAUUCCUAAAAUACAUUAAUGCAAAAAUGAUCUUAAAAAAUCGGGCAUCUCCAAUCCGAUUAAAGAGGAAAUACAAAGACAUUAUUAAACCAACCUCAGAAUAUUAUUACAAACUUUAGAAAGAAAAUCUCUAACAUUACGAAGAUUCUUCAAAUAGGAAGAUGAUUGCGAUGAAUACACCAACUCAAAUAAAUCAUUUUAAUUUUGCUCCAAGUACUCCAAGAUAAAAAUUAGCCUCAAUGCUAAAUAGUUAAGCUCUCAAAAAUAUGAUGGUCAAGCAAUAGAACACUAGCAAAUUUGGUAGUUUUAAAUAGUCUUUAUUUAUCAACAACAACAGGAAGACUUCUUUAGCAAAUGAUCAAGUUUUCAUGAAUUAAAAUAACGCUUUAUACAAUUCAAUCCAGACUGAUAAUAUGUAUGAGCCUAACAGUGGUAGAUUUAACUAUGAUAUGAUAUCUACGAAAGGAGGAGGUCUUGGUUAAGGAAAGGGUGGAGGUGGGGAUCAUCAUGAGAACAGUUUUCUCUUUGAAAGCCCAGGAGGAAACGACUUUGAUGAUACAUAUGACAGAAAUUACUUACUAAACAAUAGCAGAGGGGGGAAAUAAUCCUACAAUUAGGACUAAGUUUCGAGAAAUGUAAAUGAACUUAAAAAACUGAAAAAAAAGAAAAAAAUAACUAGAAUGGAUAGUCGAAAUAGCAAGAAAAAGGGGAAAUUAGUAAGAAAAAGCAAAAAAGGAUCUUAAAUUGGUUUUAGAGGCAUAACAAAUUUCUUCAGAGGCAAUACAAAUAAUAAAAAUUUACAGCAGACAACAUCAAAUGCAUCUGAAAAUAGCGAUUAAGAGGAGGAGGAGCCUGUGUAAAUGAUUGAAUCCAGAUUUUAAAGAAGCAAAUUCAUAAUAUUUCCCUAUUCAAGUAUAAAAUUUGGUUGGGAUAUGUUUCAAAUAAUCAUCAUCAUUGGAAUGGCAAUCUUGAUUCCAUUUCAUCUAAGUUUUGGAAUAGAUGCAAAUCUUAUAUCAAUGCUCAUUUUCGUUGAAUGUUGUAUGAUAAUAGACAUUUGUGUGAACUUUAACUGUGGAUACCUUUCCAAAGGAGUACUUGUUAUGCAACGAGAUAGUAUCAUUCAUCAAUACUUAAGAGGCUAUUUCUUACUCGAUUUCAUAUCUGGAGUUCCUGUAUAUACUAUAUAUUAUAACCUUUAUGGAGACUUAUGCUUUUAUAGUAUGGAUUAUCUUUUGACAAAUAAUGUCGAUGGAACUAUUAAGUACUAAGGAUAGCUGAUUUAAAUGAAAGAUUCUUCAAUAGCAUUUUACAUACUAAUGCUUAUAUUUAAAAUUAUCAAGAUGAUAAAAUUCUCAGAUCUAUCAAAUAGAGUAAAUGAACUUAUAAUGACUGAUUUCGGUGAUAUAAUGUUCAAAGCUUUAAGAAUCUGCAUUAUGGUCUUCUUAUUUGCUCAUUGGCUUGGAUGCAUAUUUUGGGUUGUUGGUAUAUCGUAGGAUCAUAUUAAGAAUUUUACAUGGAUAAAGGCUAAUUCAUUAUAGGAUCUCUCAAAUAAAGAAUAAUAUGUGUCUUCUGUCUAUUGGGCCAUUACGACAAUGGUUACUGUAGGUUAUGGAGAUAUUACACCUGUAAAUACUACUGAAAGACUAGUAACUAUUUUUAACAUGCUAAUUGCCUCUGGCAUAUAUGCUUAUAUUAUCAAUGAAGUUUCUACUACCGUAAGACAAUAUAAUACUCUAGCUUCAAAGUAUGAGGAGAGAAUGAAAUAUGUCAACAAAUUCAUGAUUUAAAAAGGAAUUCCUUAGCAUCUUAGGACAAAAAUUGUACGAUAUUUGGAAUACAAUUGGGAGUAAAAGAAGAACAUCAAGAUUGAGCAAAGUGAAGUGUUUGGCUUGCUAAAUGGAUCUUUAAGAGACAAAAUAACAGUAUAUAUUAACGGCCGUAUUUUGAGAAGCAUACCAGUCUUUGACAGAUUUCCGAUAGAAUUCGUUUCGAGAUUGAUGUAUAAAUUUACUAAGAAAUCUUAUGCAGUAGAUGAUGUUAUUAUCAAUGAGGACUAAUUUGGAACCUAGAUUUUCUUUAUCAACCAAGGAAAGGUACUUGUGCUUCAUAAAAAAUCUAUGUCAUUCAUUACAGAGCUAAAAAAGGAUGAGUACUUUGGUGAAAUUGGUUUCUUUUCAGAUUUACCUAGACAAGCAACAAUAAAGUCAAGAGAUUAUACAGAACUUAUGGCUCUUGAUAAGGCUUAAUUCCUAGAAAUCAUCGAUGAUUAAGACAAUUAGACAGCUUCUCUUUACUAUCAAAUUCAUGGCUCAAUUGACUAGCAGAGAAAAGAUUUCUCAUAACUUAUGAUUAAGUGCUAUGUCUGUAGAAGAAACAAUCAUAUCUUCCAUUAAUGCGGGAAAUUUAGUUUGAAAACUAAGGGUAACUUGAUACCAUUUAUUGUUAAGAGUGAGAUGGCAAAACAUUAAAGCAAAAAUACAAAAUCUUUUAUGUCCAGAUUUUAAAGCAAAAAUGUUAACAAAGAUAAGAUAGGUAAUUAAACAGGGGAAUUCUAAAAAAGUGAAGAAUAAGAGGAAGAUGUUUUAGAAAUGAUACACAUGGACUUGCAAAGAAAAAAGCAGGAUAACCAUAAUGUUCCACCUAAUUCAACACUUAAUUCAAGUCAGAUGGAUGAAGAAGAUAGUAGACUCAGAUAAAUGUUUAACUAGGAUAUUAAUAGACAAAUUGAGAUAUUUGAAAAGCAGAUGACGCAAAGGACUUUUAGAAGACCAACUUUACCAAUUGCAAUAGAGGGAUUCUCUAAUCGAAGCAAUAAAUUUAACAACUCAAACAAUACUUUGAAUAGUCAUGUCUAGCAAGAAGAUAUGUUUUCAUUAAUGGCAGAACAUAGAAUGAAAUUUCAGCAAAGAAUCUCAGUAAGAAAUGAACUUAUGAAUUUUGAUGACGAAAUCAUCGAGGAGUAAUCUAUGAGUGAUUCAGAAUUUUCAUCUAGAAGUGUAAGAAUGGCCAGAGAUAAAUUAAAUAUACAACACAGUAAAUUGCAAGCCAAAAAAUGUUCAUCUAUGAGAAAUGGUAAAUCUGAUAUCAAUCUAACAAAAAAGUCAUUAUAAAGGUAGAUUUCGGUUAAGAAGAGAAGCACUAUUAAGAAAAACUUUAACAAUAGCAAAAUGACCAUACAAUAAAGUCCUACCAACAAAAAUGACGAAGCUGAGAUGCAGAAAAUUCUUUCUGAAGAUGAAUAAAAAGUAGAUUCAAGCAGAACAACAGACUAAUAGGAUGAAAAUGAUAAUCAAAAUUAUGGCAUAUCUAUAACUCCAAAGCACCCUUUGCAUAAUCAUUAGUAUAGCAGAAUGAGUUCACCCUACAACCCUAAGGAAAUAUCUAGAGAGCUCUCUUAAAAAUAAGCUUAGGAAUAGAUUAUAAUCCAAUAAUAACAAAAAUAAUCAUAAAUUUGGUAAGUGUAGUAAGAAGAACAACCAUAAUAAUAAUUUGAAAAUAGAAAUGUAUUAGGGUAAAAACCUUAGGAUUAGGAGAAGAAAAGUUCUUUUAUAAGAGUCCCUGAAUCAACUUUUAAAUAUCAUCAAUCUUACACACGAAUCCUUAUAGAUGGGAAAAAUAAGAGAAAUAGUAACCAAAAAAAGAUUCAAAAUAUCAAAAGAAAACCUAAAGCUUCUAGGAUUCAGCAGAGAGAUUUGUUUAGUAAUAAAUUCUUCGUUGAGGAUUUCCUAGAAGACAUAAAUUCAGUAAACCUAAUAGAAUAAGACUCACUUUAAAUGAUGAUGGAGAAUACUCCAAGAUCAGCAUAGUUUAAAAAUAUGUAGUUUAGAAGAACAACUACUAGAGGUAAUACAGGUGUGAAUCCUUAUUAAUUUAUCAAUGUUCCAAGGAAUCAAAGACUUCAUCAAUUUUCCUAAAGUGGAAGUCCAAUUGAAACCAGCUUUGCGAAUUUUAACCCUAUAAAGAACACAAGCUAAGAAACAGAUGAUAGUUUCCUUCAGGAUCUCCAUAAAAGAUGA